GUAAACAUAAGUAAAACUCCCUUUUCACUCUUCUCUUGAGAAAGGGCGAAGUCAUGGAUGAACAAAAUUUCAGCAGGAAGCUUUUUUUAUUUCUUUUUUUUUGUAAUUUACACCUUUAUUGUACUACAACCAAAGUCUGUUUCAACAGCAUUCUCCCUGGAUCAAAAGGCAAUGCAGGUGAGGUGGGAGCAGAAGGUGAAGAGGGAAGAUUGGGGAAAACCGGUCCACCUGGCCCGCAAGGCUUGACCAGUGAAUAUGGAGAAAAAGGAGAGAUGGGAAGAAUAGGAAAAAUGGGCCCUAGUGGAAUGAGAGGUGCCAAGGGACGAGAAGGAAUGAAUGGUCUCCCAGGAUUAAAAGGAAAACAUGGUACUAACUGUGACUGUGGAAGGUACAGAAAGGUUGUUGGACAGAUGGACAUCAAUAUAAGCAAACUGAAAAAUGCUAUCAAGUUUCUUAAGAAUGUGGUUCUAGGUAUCAGGGAAACUGAGAACAUGUUUUACCUGCUGGUGACAGAGGCACGGAGGUAUCAAGAGUCACUUCGAAACUGCAAGUUGCGUGGGGGGUCUCUUGCUAUGCCCAGAAACACAGAGACAAACAUCCUGCUGGCUGACUAUAUCAGAGAAGCUGAUCUUACUCAUGUGUUCAUAGGGCUACAGGUAGGGGUGACAGAGGUGGGGUACACAUAUGUUGAUGGCAAUUCCUUGUUAAAUACAACAGUCUGGUCUCUACAGAGCCCAAACAGUGGUAAAGGUGACUGUGUGCAGCUUAGUAGUACUGGAGCCUGGAGCAUGGUAGAAUGUGCAGCCACACAGUACUAUAUAUGUGAGUUUGUCAAAAAUGAAAGUACUUCACAAACUUCAGUUUUGUGAUGGUUUAAUGGCCACAGGGAAUUUUUACGUUUUACUAUUUUUAUUAGGUAAGCGAACUAUAUCAACUAAGAUAAUGUGAGUAAAUGUCAUAUAACGUUACUGCAUUUAGAAUUUUUGUAAAGAAAAGUUUUAAUGUGUUUUAUUUUAUGAUUUAUCAAACAUUUUAUGAAUUGGGAAUUAAUGGUAAGGGAACUUUUCACUGUAAUUGUAUUAUUUUUAUGACAACAGUACUACAGGCAACAAAUAAACCAAAUUACAAUAAGCUACUGAAACUGCUGAAUGGUUAUUUUCUAUCCAUCCAUCUAAUUUCUCCCGCUUAUCCGGGGCGCCGGGUCGUGGGGGUAGAAGUCUUCCCUCUCCCCAGAUUUCCCUCUCCCCAGACACUUCCUCCAGCUUCUCCGGGAGAAGACCGAGGUGCUCUCAGGCCAGCCAUGUCCUAGGUCUUUCCCAGGGGCUUCUUCCCGGUUAUUUUCUAAUUAAAUAUAAUUUCAGAGUACAUACAGUGCUAUGGCAAAGUUUGGGCACCCCUAUAAAUUUUCAUGAUUUUUCUUUAUAAAUCAUUGUUUGUCUGGACAAGAAAUUU